AUGUCUCGUAGAAAUCCAUAAAUAUACGUAACCAAUUUUUCCAGUAGAACGAACGAAGAAGAUUUAUAAUAUGAAUUUAAAAAAUAUGGUAGUAUUGUAGAUAUAAAUAUGAAAAGAUCUUAUGCAUUUAUAACUUAUGAUGAUUACCAUAGUGCAGAAGAUGCUAUAAGAAAAAUGGAUAAAGCUGUAAUUAACGGAAAAUAAAUUCUAGUUGAACCUGCAGGAUUGAAAAAAAUCAGACCAAGAGGUCCAUAAUUAGAUGAUAAAUGUUUUAAGUGUGGAAGAAGAGGUCAUUGGGCUAAUGAAUGUGAUGAAAGAAGAAGAUACAGAAGAGAUUCAAUUAGUAGAUCUGAAUCAAAAUAUAGAAGAAGAAAUGAAAAAAAUAGAAGAAAUAGAAGAUCAUAUUCUAGAAGUAGCUCUGAUAGUUAAGAUAGUCGUUCGUCUUCUUCAUCUUCUUCAUCAUCUUCAUCUUCUUCAUCUUAUCGAUCACGAUCAAGAUCUGAGUCAUCAAAUGUUUCUUAAAAAAAUCAAAAUAUGCAAAAAUAGUCUUGCCUUAAAAUAUUUAAAGCUUUUUGGGGUAUUACUGGAAAUAUUUUAUAAUUAGAUGAUUUUGGUUUUGCGAGGACUCUUAAUAAUUUAGACGCUAAAUGUUAAGUAGUUUAGUGA